CUGUACUUCUGGGAUACCAGGUAUAAUGGAAGCCAUUGGAGAAGGGGGUGCUAUACCCGGGCUGCAAAUCUCGUCUCAAGUAUGCGAUCGUUGCCGCAUAAAGAAGAUCCGCUGUGACGGAUUACUCCCAUCGUGUAGCAACUGUAGAACCGCUGGAGCUUCCUGUGUCACAUCUAAGCAACUCAAAAGACGAACGCGGCCCAGAAGGCACCUUGAGCAACAAGAAAGGUUGCUGGAUGAGCUCAGGAUCCAAAAUGAGAAUCUGCAGCGCGAAAUCCGGCAACUACGUGCUAGCCAUUCCACAACUGUUGACAAAUCUGUAUGGAACGACACUGCACCUGGAUUCCAAGCCCACAGUUAUUCAACACUGCAAGUUGCAGGAUCGUCUCAUACGGCAACUACUACAAGUCAACAAAGUCAACCUAUCAUAAAGCAUCUGGGACGCUUAGUGCCCUUAACACCGAGUGUCGAUCGAUUUGCAGGGUCAACAACAGGCAUUUAUUUUAUACGCUGUGCCGAAUCAAUAUACAAAUCUCUGUUCGAUCAUGAAGAAGGCUUUCCGGAUGUUGUUAAUCGGCUCCAUUUACUCGGUCCUUGCCCAGAGUAUUCCCAACAUCUGCAUUUUUUAAACCCGAUUGAUCUAACUCGAUCACCACAUUUCAUGCUCGAUAAGACACGAGAAUUCUACCUGCGUGCUAUAACAGGGUUUUUCCAAUCUUGGUCGUCUAUCUGGCCAGUGCUCAUGAAGAAACAGUUCCUUUCCGCCUUCCACCGGAUCUUCGAUCGUGUCGAGGCCCACGACCCUAAUCUCCCACCUUCUGAUUAUGUUAUUAUGAGGCAAAUAUUUCUUGUCCUCUCUAUUACUGCAUGGGAAAAUUGCUCAUCCACAGAGUGCAACACAUACUACCAUAAAGCCUUGGAAUGUGCCCGGCUAACAACCACACCUGAAAACGAGGACCUUCCAGGGCUGCAGUCCCUACUUUUAACUUGUCUAUAUCUUCAACUUACACGGAAGCACGAUGAGUGGAUACAAAUAUGCGGACAGGUUGUUCGACUUGCGCAAUCUCUAGGACUCCAUCGACAUUCCCGACGCUUCCGAUUCUGUGCGGGAGAGAUGGAGUUAAGAAAACGCAUAUGGUGGUGCGUUUACGCUGUUGACGUUGCGUGCAGCAUGGUACACGGUCUGCCGAAAAUGAUCCAGGACGAUGAUGUGGAUACCGACCUACCUGUUGAUACGGAUCUAGACGACGCGACUGCCACUGACAUACCGCUCCCCCUUCCGGGAGAGACAACAAGUAUGGCUACAUUCAUCCUCUACGUGAGAUUGCUCAAAAUAUUCUCCAGCUGCCUCAAGUCACUAUAUACUACUACUAAACGACGAAACGGUGUCGCCAAAAUCACUGCACUGGAUCACGAGCUAUCAGUGUGGCGCCACAGCGUAGUCCAGUUCCAAGGCAAUGAGAUGAAAGACCAUGACGAUGGUCUAUCGGACACUCUUCAUAUGAACCCAGCAGAUCAGUCGUCCGAGACACUAUUUCUACACUUCUUAGGAAACGUGGCUGUUGUCUUGAUUCACCAGCCAGCAUUGACAUUCGACCCGAAGCACCCUCAAUUCAUGAAGAGCCUGUCGAGGUGCGUUCGUGCAGCACUCAAUAUACUCAGCAUGUUGGGAAGCAGCCGUGAUAACCGAAGACUUCACUGUCUGUUCCCGAACAAGUCAUCCAUAGUCUUCCAGUCAACACUGCUGUGCUUCUAUAAUCAAUGGACGUGCAUGGCAUCUUCAUUAACGCCAAGCCACAAUCUUAAUCCCUUUAUGGGCAAAAUAGUAGAUAUUGCCCUCAAGCUCCUCAAUAUGCACAAGUCGGAACUGGUUUCUUCUGAUACCGGUUCAAACAUGAGUAUUGAUGUUCAGACGAUCUCUGCUGCUGAAGACCUCGUUCGCUUAUUUUACAGUCGCAUGGAUCUUGGUAGAGACGCCUCCGUGUCUUAUGAAAGGACUCUUUCUGUGGCCCAGCAUUCCCCUCCAACAUCAUUAUUCCCACCCCCAGCUGAUCUGGAUGGCCAUGAACCAACGAAUUUUGGACGAUCGUCACCGACAGCCACAACGAUUCCUCUUGACUUUGGGAUAUUGGAUGACAAUAUCCUUGAUUUUGAUUGGGCUUGAGCGAUCAAUAUCGGGUUAAUGGUACUGAUUACUUGAAGGGGCUGUAAAUUUUGAUGCCGUUGUACUUUACUAUUUUCUGGCGCCAUUGAACAAUCGUACCGCUGGGUAUGACGACAGGAGAGAGGACAAAAUCACUCACUAGUUCACAAAGCGCAUAGGCGAAAGUGGGCUACAGGCUAGACGCCGUAUUGGAAGUAGGCAAAGGUCGGAUAAAUCGGCAUGCUUGGAGAGAGCGUC